AACAAUCCCCUUCCAACGGUCAUUUCGAUCAACUCAUUUGCUGUGAUCGCCUGUUCUAUUCUCACCCUCCCAAAGAUAAACUAGAGAAGAAAAAAAAAAAAAUAUUAACUAGACAAAUCCUUGUUGCUGCAUUGAAGCCAAUAAAGAAAAUGGAUGGUUCUGAUAAGAGUGUUUCAUCAUCAUCGACUCCAGACAAGCCCCACUCAGUCACAAAAGUUUAUAUAGGUAACACUGAUGAGAAUGAGCAAAGCCAUCAAGAAAUGGGUCUGACUGUCCAAAACUUAAACAGAUCGACAUCAACAAAGCACUUUAUGUCACCUACAGUUUCCGCAGCUUCAAAAUUCAAUCCUCCCAGAAAGAAAAUAUUAGCUGAAAGGAACGAGUCUCUAGAUAACUCUUUACAAAAGACCCCAAAUCUUGAUUCAAAGCCCCUCCAAAAAGCCUCAAGUCUUGGUUCCAAAACUUCUUCUAGUACCGAUUUUGAUGAAAAAGAGAAAAAUGCUCUUGUUUAUGAUUUGUCACCAAGGCCUUACGACCCAGUAACAAAUUAUCUCUCUCCAAGGCCUAAAUUUCUCCGCUAUAACCCCAAUAGACGCCAAGCAAUAUUGCUUAAAAGAGAAAAUCAGGCCAAACAAGGCAAAGAUAGGUUAACCAUUAGUGACAAUGGUUCUGUGGAAAUCGAGAAAGGCAUUGAUGAAAUUGAAGUUGAUUUGGCUAGUUCUUGUGGUUCUUUGGCUUUUUGUUCUAAAGAAGCCGAUUUGAAUAAAGAAUUUGAAGAGAUUGAUGAGAGUGAUGAUGAAUUUGAUGAGGAAAGGAGUUGGAAUUUAAAAGGAGUACUAAAAGUUUUGAUAUUGUUGGCUAUUUUAGUGAUUUCCACUUCCUAUAUUUCUUCUAUGAACUCCCCUACACCUUCGCCUGUCGUACAAGCUGUUGUGGGUCUUAAGGAUGGAUAUCGCAAGAUACAAGAUCAUGUGUAUGAAUUUGUGAAGAAUGGGAAAUGUAAAAUGGGUUUUGUUGAUAUAGAUGGGAUUAAGAAAGAUGAGAUGAUUGAAGAUGUAAAUAUAGGAGGAGGAGGAGGAGAAGUAGACGACGAAGCAGAAUAUCGAAAUGAGCUGAAUGAAAUGGUAGAUAUAAAAAGUGAAGAAAGCAAAGUUCUAGAAAUGGUUGAAAAUGAACUUAAUGAAGGAGGAAAAAGUGAAGAUCUUGUGAUACAAGGUGGAGAAAUUGCUGACCAGAGUGAGUUGAACGAAAUUGUAGAUGUAAAAGUUGAAGAAAGCAAAGUUUUACAAGUGGUUGAAAAUCAACUUAAUGGAGGAGGAGAGAAUGAAGAUCUUGAGAUGCAAGGGGAAGUUGCAGAUUGUAUUGAUCUUGAAAUGGGGAUUUCAGAUGAAAUUGCUGCAAAUUCUGAAUUGCAAGCAUUGGAAUCUGUAGGAGUUGUUGAAAUACCUUUAACAAUUGUAUCAAAUGAUGAAUAUGAAAUCAAAGAAGAAAUCUUUAACAGAGAAAUGGUGGAAAUUGGGAACAUCACUGAAGAUAAAAACGAGCAUGAAAUUGCCAUUGAUGAAGCAGAAGAAGGUACAGAAAAGGAAGGAAUUAUCAAACACAUGGAAACUGAAUCAAUUAUAAAAGCUGUUUUUGGGUUCUCUUUGUUUUCCUCAAUUUUUGCAUCUCUUGUAUUGGGUCUUCACUUCAGAAAGAACAGAAUUGCAAGAAAGGGUGCUUAUCCAGUUGCUGAUUCUUAUAUUGACUCUAAGAUACCAGAGAAAUGCAGCUCAGUUAUAGCUAACAAAGAAGUUAAGCAAACUGUUGAUCCUGUUUCAUUUGCUAAUUCCAACUCUUCCAUGAAUUCACUGGAAGAAGAAGAAGAUUCCAAACAAACAUAUGAAAGCCGAGCACCACCGUCUAUCGAGUUGCUUGGUGAGCUUGUGGUAGAAGAGAUGAGCAUCUCUCUUAGGAACUGUGGCAUCAAAAGUAGGAUUAUAGAGAGUGAAGUAAGCAGUCACUCUGUUUCCAUGGAGAAGGGCAUAAGCAGUAAGGCUAAUUCAGUUCCUGUCCGUCUGCAGCCAGCUUUCUCAGACAUUUCAAACAUGUAUUUCCCUUCAUAUUCUGAUAAAAGGAAAAUUGCCAAGAAACAGCAGGAUGAAGAAGUCAAUAAUGUGAUGGUAGCAACUCCAUUAAGGCGAUCAAGCAGAAUCCGGAAUCGAACAAUUGCAUCUCCAUGAUUAUUAUUAGCCUUCUCAACCUGCUUCUCCUGCUGCAAUACAGUGAAACAGCUUUCUCUGUUGUUUCAUUUUACAGCUUCUUAAUUCCCACUUGAAAGCUAUCUUUAGAUUGAUGUUUAGCUGUAACUGUAGACUUAAUUAAAGAGCUUGUUAUGUAGGAACUAAUUGAUGUAUUGACUCAAUUAAAGAGCUUGUUAUGUAGGAACUAAUUGAUGUAUUGACUCUGAUCAACAAUCCAUCAUCUCCAUAUUUUUAAUUCUGUCCUCA